CACAAGAAUAAACUGGCAGGUUCCAUAAUGAACGAGUGGUGCUGGAGGUUUCCGUGGCAACCCAGAGGAAACUGAAUCUGCGGAUGGGAACAGUUUCGAAAGCUUGAACAAGCGCGAGUAAGUGAACCUUCAGGCUGAAGUGACCGAGUCAUGCAGGCGUCGUUGCGUCGAUGCUCUAAUUUCACCCGCUGGAACCGCAGCGGCAAUAAUAACAUCGAAGGGUGAAGUAGCACCUCCAGCCGCUAGGUGUCAGUAUGACGAAGCAAGCCCGGGACCCUUUUGCCUUAGAAGCGCGCCAUACGUAGAGGAAGAGUGAGGUUUCUUCUCGUUAUUUUGGCCUGGUUUUUUUUAUUUAUCUUUGGCUAAUGGGCUAACUGACUGAGUCCGCCGGCAAGUUGGCCCGAUUCUACGUGUCUCACAAAACGACAAUGGACAAGCGGUUCGCGGUUUCUCGCGAGGACGUACCGGAAUACUGACACGACGCUACUUGAUGGUAUUCAUGUGAACGAAAGUCGCUUUUAGAGGGCCCCACAUCAUCCGCGAACACAUCCAUGCCGAGCCUGAUCAUGGAGGGUGGUCGGCAACAACUGCAAAAUGUCCUGGAGGAUGGAUUGGGCAGAGAUUUGAUGGCUGCUGGUCGCUUUUGCUUCAGCUGUGAGCAGAUAUUUUCCGACCGGAAAUCCCGAGAGGAACAUCUGUGUGCUGCUACAAGUUACAUCUGCUCCUGUGGAACAGAGUUUACUCAGUACAAAGACAUGCUGGAGCACAGCACGACACACGAACCAGGGCACCAAGUGCUUGACCAUGAAACCAUAAGAAAGCGAAGGAUUGAGAAGCGCAUCGAGGAGGAGGAGCAGCUGAAUAGAUUGCAGACCGGCGAGGUUGUCUGGAAGGCACCUAAAUCAAACAACGUGCCAUCAAAUUGUUUGCCAGUGAAGCCUAUGCUGCAAGUGUCCAUGACAUCAGCUUCCAUGCAGCCUGCAAAGACUUCAGAAGUGCCUGUGUCGUACCCCUCUGUGCUACAAACAUCUUUCUCUCAGAAUUCUGUCACCUCUGCAUCCAAGUCGUCUUCACCCCAAAAUCCUGUCACCUCUGCUGCGGACAUGCAAAAUAUUUUUGGAAGUGUAGGUGCACCAACUGUGGAUCUUUGGACACUUUACCAGCCAGUUGUGUUGUUGCAAUCAUUACACAUGUUGAACAACAACAACGGGCCAUACAGUUGUGGUAAGUGUGACCAGGGUUUUUUGACAAAGAUUUCUCUAAUCUCCCACCACAGCUCUCAUCACACAGAUAAGAUUUCUGGCUGUGUAGGAUGUGGGCUGCUGCUGUCCAGCAGGAAGGUUGUGCCUCGUUUCCAUGUUUGUAGCUCAAACAAAACUGCUAAGAAAUUCAGAAUUAUAACUGCGAGACCGGUGGGUUUCAAGAGGCCAAAUGAAGCCAGUACAGAGAGUCCGAACAACAGUGCUCAAGUGCCUCAGGUCACUUCCUCUAUACAGCUGAAAAGGCAGAAUCCCAUUGUAGAGGGUAAAGGCAUCCGAACACCUUGUGUCAUUUCCAACCUGCAGUUAAAAAAACAGAACAUCAGAGGAUACAAUAUAAGUAAUCGGGGGCGUCGUGUCACUCCACCCCUGCAGUCAAAGAUUUGGAAUCCCAAUGUUUCCAGGCCUUAUGUCUCCAUUGCAUCGAAGAUGCGGGUUCCAAAUCUGAGUACAUCCACUAAUUACAGUCGUUGGCUUCCUCUCAAUCCCUCCGUGCAGUCAAAGAUGUCCACAUACUCUGCAGCAGGCAAGCCUACGCAGAUGUCCCCUACAUCACAUCCUUUCAUGUGUCGAGUCUGUCAUCUUCCUUUUGAAACUCCUCAGCUGCUUCAGAGGCACAAGUGCAUCAGGGCACGGGAGUUUAUGGCCCAGCAUGCCCGAGGUGGCAGACAGCAGUACAAAGUAAGGAGGACGAUGCCGGUGGCGAGCUCAGUUCCUGUUCGGAUGGAUGGUGACAUGAAGAUUAACCAAAUGGUGGCCGUUGGUCUGGACAGAGGGCAAGAUGCUGUUGUUUCCGAUGAUGAUUGUUAUAUUGUUGAAAGUGGACCAGACAAACCUGCUGAGAUGAUUUACCAAGUAACCUCAUCUGUUCCUAUUAAAACUUGACAAACCAAGAGCCACUACCCAGUUUGCAUGUAAACAUUUCAUGUUGACUAUGGACCAAGUGCAGAAAGAUUGCAGACUUUAUGUUGAACAGCAUCCACUGGUUUGUGUUCAUCACAUAGAAACACAAUGCUCCAAACUACUUUAAAUGACGGGAAAUGAGUGUAAGAUGUGUAGUGACAAAAAAAUGCAUCUUCAUUUAGCAACAAUCCCAUAUUGACUAUAGAGACUAAAGUUGGUACCCCUGCCAUGGUUAUAGAAGCUGUAAAUCUACAAUGUCCAUCAGUAAGAUAUGUGUAUGGAUUAUCCGUGUUUGGGAUAACCAGGCACUGCAUUCAAGUUUUGCUUAUGAAUUAUGUUUUUGUAUGAGCAGAAAUUGUUUUGUGAGGCUGGGAACUUACCAUGAUGUGUUCUUGCCAGUUUUGGUCAACUUCAAGAAUACAGUAUAUGAUGUAUUAAACUGUAUUUUUAAACUGUGUGUGCACGCAUUCAUGGGGUAAAUCAAAAAUAGCUUUCUUCAUCAGCGUUAUUUUAUUCAAACUAUAAACUGAUUGAAUGUAAAGUGCCUUAGAGCUGAGAACCGCGCACAUACCUAAACAGAUUGCGUAUGUAAAAUUUAAACAGGUAAUUGCAGUUUAUGAUGCUGGGUGAGUACAGCAAAUUCACAACAAGAUUGUCAUUGUGAAAACUGAUGAUAUAAAACCCUGACGUAUUUAUAUAUAUAUAGGAGUCUUUGAUUUGGUGGCAAAAUCUAAAUUUGUUGUUUGAACUUUCCUACAAACUAUGGAUCAAUUCUCUGUCGCCUAUAAUUUAGUGCCUCAUUUAUCAUGGUCAUGAUGACAGACACUCUUCCUCAGUGAUGUGUACAGGUGUUAUUAUCUGUACGUCCAGCAGAGGGGUGCAUCUUCAAGCAAAAACUACGGUGCUGUAUGAUGAGGUAAACAUGCAGGGUGUCUUAUUCACCCCACCUGAGGGCGACUAUCUGCCCCUAACCCGCCUCUGAUUGACCAGCGUUCGACGCUCUCCUAGGUUGGGUUUGGUAGUGUAGGUUACACGAGAAUGGUGAUUGGUCAGGGUAAGGUAAGAAUAUGAGGACAGCCAAUCAGAGGCCGCUCUGUGAGCGGUACUCGCCCACCUCGGCAUCCAUUGGCGAAUUCACGCAUGUGGCGUUCACGUGUGCUUGUAAUCUCAAAAUCCUCUUGCGGGCAUCAAGACACCAACAUGAAUCGGGAAAACCGACGUAUAAUGCAAUUUAGGUGGAUUGCACAAUGACCGACAAAAAUCUGUAACCGCGAGGAGUGUCAGGUAAACGUCACAUUUUUACCCAAAACACACACUGCUAAGAAGAAUCACUCUCUUCUGUGACAUGUUUUGCUACUUUUUAAAAGCCAUUCCUGCAAAAUAAGGCGUGACGGCGAAAUUUCCCACAGCACGUGAACACGCACACUGUGCGCCCCGCUCGCCGUGAUUGACUCUCUUCGGUUUAUACUGAACGUGGAUGUCGAGUGGCCCUGAAGAGAAGAGACAGGCCGGUCCACAGUAACAACUCCCCAUGGAUCAAUGCAUGACUGUAAAAAAACAAAACAACAACGUGUCAAGCAGCCACGUAACGACAGUGCAUGUUGUUAGCUUUGAGCUAGCCCAGUAGUAGCUAGCCAGUGGAGCAGCGGUCAGUGCAUGGCUACGCAGAGACCAGCCUCGACUCUCUCCCACUCAGACUUUUGACAUGGGGAGUAAAAUGUCCUUCAGCAGAGGAAGCAGUGACCAAAAUACAGUCUCUGAUUUAACCUCGGUGACGCCUCGUCCUUGCAAUUCCAUUCACGCUUCUUCGGACUGCAAGCAGAUAUCUGAAGACAAGAGAUGCACCGAGGAAGACGUGGACUCCAGCUGCAGGGAGGAAAUGAAGGCUACAGAACUGCGUGACACGGCCCGUGAGUCCAACUCAUCAUGGAACCAGGAGUCUGAUGACCAUGUUCACCUGGAAACGGGCGGCGAAAUAAACAUACCAUCACAGGUAGGGAUGGAAGAAAAGCCUCAAGUGGCACCUGCGAUUGUGUGCAGCUCGACAAUAGACAGUCACAAACAGCUAAUGGAGGUCCACAAGACACGUGGGCGCCGUCGUAAAAGGAAAUCGCGGUUGACAAAAGACAAAAACGAUCCCGAUACCACUGAUCUUCGUGCAGUUCAGCACAAGGAGAUCAGCACGACAAUACCUUUGUCCACAUGCUAUGAAAACCACAACAGUGGUGAUUUGCCUAACACUGUACAUAAUCCUUCAAUCAAUAAUUCUUAUGCCGUCUCUGAAAUGAAAGCAGAAGAGGGUGUGCCUUUGUUGCCAAAAAGAAGAAGAAGGACAAGAAAAGCAGAAAUCCCUGCUGCUUCUGCUCAUGUCAGUAAUAACGGCCUUGCACGGAGGCUGAGGAGUAGUGCAGAGCAGCGACCUUGGACACAAGAUGAACACACUGAAUCUGAUAACAAGGUAGACGCCAAACAGCCUGAACCGACUCCUCCAGAAAGUAGCAAUGAAUCCAAUUUACUUGGUGUUAAAAGAAGAAGGUCUAAACUGGCUGAUCGGCAAGUUCCAGCCAAGGUGUCUCGACUGGAAACUUCCCAGGUAGCCUCGGCGGUGUUGAGCGACGACAACAGCUGUGGGGUGAGAACUGAGAGAGAUAAGCAGGUGGAACUUAAAACUGAAAAAGAAGAGGCUUAUGCAGACGGAAAGGAAUGUCAGGUCUCCCCACAGUCAAGAAAACGAAAAGAGCAACAGACAGAACGAAAGGAAGUCACAUUACCACAAAGGAAACUGCGUUCACACGCCGCAGCUGAGCCUGAAGUUAUUCCCUCAGAGGAUUUGAACUUUGCAAGUUCCUCACAAAGUCAUGAAACUGAGAUAAAACAGUCAGUGGACACAGAUAAGUCAUCAAAAAGCCGUCCUGACUCUCCAAAAAACUCAGACUUGAAUAACACACAGCCCCCUAGUAUUGAUGUUGUAACGUCCUCUGAAGAAACGCCUAAACCUGCCGGGAUGCCCCUUGCUGUAAAAACUGAGAAUAUAGAAGUAGAGCUGGAUCAUUUAAAUCCUGUGUCAGAGUCCAACAGUCCUAAUUCUUUACAACACAAAACCACAGUUAAAUCUGAAGGGCCGAACAGUCAGCGAAACACGUUCAGGCGCAAGAGAGGGGGCAAGAGGAGGAGGAGAAUAAACAACAGGUUGAUUCAGAGAGAGACACUUGUAGAAGGCCAUGACGGCAACACUGACACUCAACAGAAAGCAGACUGUGGGGACGAGGAUAAGGAGGCAGACGCAGACGCAAAUGUCAUCUACACAAAAAGAGGAGGUAAAACUCUGUUGAAAUGUGGCUAUUGUAGUCGUACAUUUAAAUUUCUGUCUCAGUUCGUCAUCCACCAACGGAUUCACACAGGAGAGAGGCCGUUCAAAUGUCCUGAAUGUGGAAAAGGUUUCAGCAAAAACUCAAAUUUAAAUCUUCACCUCAGGACACACAGAAAGAGCAACAUAUAUCAAAAGUGUCCGUUUUGCAAGAUCAAAUUCUCUUGUUCCGAGUAUACAGCUCACAUGAAGUUGCAUGCACACUGGCUGGCCCAUGAGUCGGUGAAAAGCAAAUCUGAAAAAAGGAGCAGAGAGAGCGACAUUGUGAUCAGUCAGGCACUUCAUACGCCAGUUACGCCGGAGAAGAGACAAAGAAAAGUGUGCCAGUACUGUGGUAAAUUGUUCCCGUUUCAGUCCGCCCUCAUCCGACACGUGCGUGUCCACACGGGGGAGAAGCCUUAUAAAUGUGACAUUUGUGGCAAAGCUUUUGGUCAGGCCUAUUUCCUCCGUGUCCACGAGCUGACGCACUGGUCUGUGAAGCGUUACAACUGCACACGUUGUGAAAAGUCCUUCACACACUACAGCAAUGCAAAAAAUCACACAUGUAGACCUACUGUGGGCACGGACGACUCGCAACCUAACAGGAGUGCGAGGCCUUCGCUAACGUACACGUGCCACAUCUGCAAGAAUGUUUUUGACCAUUUGCAGGAGUUCAACAGUCACAUGAAAGCCCACACCGGUGCAAAGCUCUACCGCUGCUUGUAUUGUGACAAGCUGUUCGGUGUCAUGUCUGAGUUUGACAUCCAUCGCAAUCAGUGCAAAGAGAAAAACGCUUCCAGCUCUGCGGUAAAGGAGGAAGAGAGGCUGUCGUUGAUACAGUACAGUGUGCCUGCUCUACGCUGUUCACCGGGACACAAUUCAGCUUCUCCUCUCACAGCUGCAAACUGUGAAACACAGAAGAAACCAUCUCAAACUGUCCGCAAGAGACGCGUCGCUAAACGGAAGAAGCCGUUCCAGUCGACAGUGGCGGCGCCCCACCAUCUCUCGCACGUCGUGUCGACGCUCAACAAACUAGACAACAGAUCUGACCCCAGGAAAUAUCUAUGUCCAAACUGCGGGCGACUGUUCAGACACAUGGGCAGACUCCGGGCCCACAUGCUCACGCACCCCCCGGGUCAAAGUUACACUUGUACCUGUUGCGGCAAGACUCUAGAAAACUGGAAAAAGCUUUGGCACCACCAGAGGAUCCAUCGGCAGAGACGCGGUCGCUUCACUUGUCCUCAGUGCGGGCGAGGUUUUCGGUUCGUAGAGCCUUACAAAGAGCACAUGAGCGAGCACCCAGAGGUCGAGUGGGUCCAGGGUAGGCCCAAGAAAGUGUUUCUGCCUUAUCAAUGUGACCGGUGCAGAUGCAGCUUCAAGACUCUAGACUUGUUGUUUAAUCACCAGCUCUGCCAUUCAGCAUCGCAAGACACACACAAAGACUCUGCUUUCGAUUUAUCCAUAGAUGAUUAUAGUACACAGGCAAACAAGAGUAGGUUUACCUACACAAACAACCAUAUAGCAACAACAACACGUCCUGAGUCUGAGGAAAGUAAUUCUCUGUCAAGAACCAUAUCGAAAUAUCCAGACCCAGUUCCUCAAGAGUCGCCUCUUGUGCCCGUGAUUUCAUUCAUCCAAAAUCAGGAUCUUGACUCGGGUCAAACUUCCCCGCGUCCCAGCAGCACACACGUUGGAAACCCACUUGGACAACCCAUUGCACCUUUGAGGAAUGUGAAAAGAUGCGCGACCCAAAAUGCCAGCACGAGAAAUGAUGACUCUGCAGAUGGCAUUCAGUGUGCCGUGUGUGGUAAUGCAUAUCCUGCCAUUUCAGACCUUUAUCAACACUAUCUGCAGCAUGCUAGAGGCCAGCUGUAAUGAUGUGAAUGCAGUAAUGGCUGUUGUUUAACACAUAAGGUAUGCAAGAAACAUGCAUACCUGGAAAGGAUUUUACAGCAAUCAUGUGUCAGUUUCCAAUUCUGAAGAUGUACACUAAACGUACAAAGGACUUUUUGUUUUCAUGAAGUUCAUUUGGCUUCAUCAGACAGAAUGUAAUUUUAUUCCUUUCAAUCGAAAAACACAGAAGAGAUAAAACAGAAAACAUGUCCAAUUUGUAAUAGAGAGAUUGUAACAGAGGGGACAAUAAGCCAGAUCAGGGAGAUGUCCGAAUAUUUUGUACCUCCAUUGGACGUAUAAAGCAUCCCUGCAAUCAUGCAAUUGGCUACAUAGCAAUGCAUUAGGACACAGAACUUGCACUUUGUUUUUGAAGCAAAUAUUUAUGUGGAAUAACCCCUUUGAAACAUUUUAGAUUUAUUCAUGAACUCCUCGUUUCUCUGAAAGUUUGGUGAACCUAGCAAAAUAAAUCUUCUCAUCGUGUUUUCCAUUAAUAUUAUGACCGAUAAAUAGAAUGGUCCAUGUAAUUUCAAACACUCAUCAUGAGGCGUUCAUUUACUGUAUGAAUUUAAUAUCAAUAUCAUACAGCUCUGUACUCAACUUAUACAAAGUGAAGCUGUUACUGAAAGUGUUUCAGAGGAUUUGUACUUAUUCCAUUAAUUUGGUUUCCGCUGGAAGGCCAAGCGUCUGCACCUUGUCUUUACAUGUUUUAUGUCAGUGUCAUGCACAUGAUUGUGAAACACUUUUUCGCUGCUGAUGGCUGAAACCAAGUGAUGCUGAGUUUUCUAGACAGACACACAUUCCACACCUGUUUGGAAUCAUUGUUCACUGAGAAAAAGAAUGUUUUCAUGCUUCAGUGAGGCCUGAUUGUGUGGAAAUCACAAAUGAGGAUUUCCCUGAUCUCUUGUAUGUAGAUUUAUGCUAUAGUUUGUCUCAAAAAACAACAAAUAAAAAAAUCACUUUUGUACUCAUA